AUGCGUAAGGAAUAUUCUGCAUCGUAUUCUCCUGUCGAUGGAGUCGACGAUCGUGACGAUACGAACCUCCUUGAUAGCUAUACAGAAACAAGACCUCUUGCAAAUUUCCGUCUCCUUCGCUGGUCACCAUGGGUAAGCCAUGGUGUGCUGGUGUCCAUAACAAUGAUGUUCUUCGUGCUAUGGGCACGGUCGCCGUCUAUCGAUGACGUAGUUUUGUACUCUCCAGCAAACGAGGCUAUUGAGUCCAUUGGUAUCAUAAGAUUCAACGGAACUCUGGGCACCCCUUCCAUAUAUCGUGGCAGCCCGUCUCCAGAGAUUGACGCCGCAUGGGAUAGGAUAUCUUUUGAUGCGCGUCCAAUACGUAUGACGCUUGAGCAACUGCUCAGAACAGGAGAGAAACCUUCUCCCGUCAUGGCUAGGUACCCGGAAGAAUACGGUGGAGGUUACAUGGCCACAGUAGAAGUCAUCCACCAGCUCCAUUGCAUAGAUAUGCUUCGCAGAGUCAGCUGGGGUGAUGAGUACUCAGUUCAUGAUGCCCACGAAUCCCCCCAAGACUUUCGCAUUCAUCUCGAUCACUGCAUCGAAAUGCUCAGGCAGAUCAUUAUGUGUCGUGGCGACGUGACGAUGCUCACUUACGACUGGGUGGAGGGAGUCAAAGAUCCUUUCCCUAACUUCAACAUUCCUCACCGAUGCAGAAACUUUGAGAAGGUCUUGAAUUGGGUUGAAGAGCAUCGUGUUUUUGUCCCUAAAUCCAAGGUAGUCCGCUUGGAGGAUAACGUAGACCUGCCUUCUCCUCCCUGA